AUGUCUCGCGCAGGCACCCCCCUAGCGAGCCUCCUAGGCCCCUGGAAUAUGCUCCUCAUGUCGGCCUACUGCCUGCCGAGGACCCUCCUCAAGCUCCUGCGCGAGGGCAAGUACGCCGUGCUGCUGUCCCCGGGUCGGCUGCAGGACGCCUGGUUCAACGACUUCUGGGGCGGCAUGGCGGGCCCCAACAUCCGGCGCGACGCCGGCAUCCGCGUCGUGCCCCUGCUCGAGGGCCGCGCGAGCGCCGGCGACGUCGUCGACAGGCAGGUGGUGCCGGGGCUCGCGGGGACCGUCGUCGAGGUCGGCGCGGGCGCGGGCCUCUGGGUCGACGUGUACCCAGAAGUAGCGUGCGUGCGGGCCUCGGGCGAAGGUGAAGGCGAAGGCGAGGCGAGGCGGAGGAACGUAGGAGGCAGCCGCGCGGCGGUCGACGGCGUAAUCACGCGCGUGUACGGGAUCGAGCCGAACCGGGACCAGCACCCGGCGCUGCGGCGGGCGAUUGCCGCGGCGGGCCUGGAGGACGUGUACCGGAUCGUGCCGGUGGGGGUGGAGGACCUGGACGACGCGACGAAGUGGGAGGGGCGCGUGGAGAAGGGCAGCGUGGACUGCAUCGUGUCGAUCCUGUGCCUGUGCAGCAUCCCCGAGCCGGAGAAGAACGUCCGCGAGCUGUACCAGUACCUGAAGAAGGGAGGGCGGUGGUACGUGUACGAGCACGUGCGGUGCGAGCAUAGCUGGUACAUGAGGGCGUAUCAGGGCUUUCUCAACCUGUUCUGGCCGCAUAUGAUCGGUGGAUGCCAGCUUAACCGACGUACUGAGAAGACGCUGCGAGAGGCCGGGCCUUGGGGGAAGAUCAACGUCGGGCAGCCUUCGGUCGAGCAGUGGCAUCAAGUCAUCCCGCACGUCAUGGGUGUAUUCGAGAAAUAA